AUGAACGCUUUCUCCACUGAUUUCAUCCCCCAAAGUCUCCACUCCACCUCCUUAGCGACGCAGCCCGCUUCACAUUCACUUCACUACAGCGCAGUAACAGUGGGUUUCAGCAGCAUAAAACCUAGCUUCAAUGGCGGCAACGGGGGCAGUCUAUCAUCGAAGACGAGCCCGACGCCGACCCAUCUCCCGCCUCCUGAUUGCAAGGAAACCCAUAUGGCCAAACUGCUCAACCGGUCCCGAAAGGCGGGCAAGUACAACGAAUGCCUCUAUUUCCUCGAGUGCAGCGUCGGCAAGGGCUUCGCGCCCGACGUGGUCAUGUGCACGAAGCUGAUGAAAGGGUUCUUCAAUGCCAGGAAGUUCGACAAGGCCGUGAGGGUGAUGGAGAUCUUGGAGAAGUACGGGAAGCCUGAUGUUUUCGCUUACAAUGCUCUGAUUAGUGGGUUCUGUAAAGCUAAUCAGAUCGACAAGGCGAACAAGGUGCUCGAUAGAAUGCGCAGCAGAGGGUUCUCUCCUGAUGUUGUCACUUACAACAUAAUGAUUGGGACAUUCUGCAGCAGGGGCAAGCUCGAUUUGGCUUUUAAGGCGUUCGAGGAGUUGCUGGAGGAUGAUUGUGAGCCAACUGUGAUUACAUACACUAUUUUGAUCGAAGCCACCAUUCUCGAAGGUGGGAUUGAUGAGGCCAUGAAGCUCUUAGAUGAGAUGUUGGCGAAAGGGCUUCAACCGGAUACGUAUACUUACAAUGCUAUAGUUAGGGGGAUGUGCAAAGAAGGUAUGGUUGAUCGAGCUUUCGAGCUUGUUAGGAGCUUGAAUUCUAGGGGAUUUAGGUCGGAUACUGUUACUUACAACAUACUCUUGCGAGUGCUGCUUGGUCAAGGGAAAUGGAAUGAAGGAGAAAAACUCACGUCGGAGAUGCUCUCAAGAGGCUGUGAACCUAACAUUGUUACUUACAGCAUAUUGAUUAGCAUGUUAUGCCGCGACGAGAAAGUUGAUGAAGCAGUUCACUUGUUGAAGACCAUUAGGGAAGAAAAGGGUUUGACCCCUGAUGCUUAUUGCUAUGAUCCGUUGAUCUCUGCUUUCUGCAGGGAAGGGAGGCUAGAUAUGGCAAUCGAGUUCCUGAACUACAUGAUAUCCGAUGGUUGCUUGCCAGAUAUUGUGAACUACAAUACGAUAAUGGCUGCACUUUGCAAGAAUGGUAAUGCUGAUUAUGCUCUUGAGAUUUUCGAGAAGCUUGAUGCUGUGGGUUGUCCACCAGAUGUCAGUUCAUACAACACCAUGUUCAGUGCCCUGUGGAACUCUGGAGACAGGUACAGAGCUUUGGAGAUGAUACUGGAAAUGCUUGGUAACGACAUUGGUCCAGAUGAAAUCACUUACAACUCGCUUAUUUCGUGUUUGAGCCGAGAUGGGUUGGUGGAUGAAGCUAUAGGGCUGCUAGCAGAUAUGCAGAGAAGCAAGUGUCGGCCAACUGUGAUCAGCUAUAACAUUGUUCUUCUUGGGCUGUGCAAGACUCGGAGGAUCAGUGAUGCCAUUGAUGUGCUGGCAUCGAUGGUCGACAAGGGUUGCCGGCCUAAUGAAACCACUUACACGUUGUUGAUUGAAGGCAUUGGGUUCGCAGGUUCGCGUACUGAAGCAAUGCAUUUGGCUAAUUCUCUUCACUGCAUGAGAGCCAUAUCCGAGGAUUCGAUCAAGCGCUUGAAUAGGAUCUUCCCAUUGCUUGAUGUUUACAAAGAGCUUGCUCAUUCAGAUUCAUAA